UAACAAUGUUUUCCGGUUAAGGGAACCCAUGCUGGACAGAACUAACCAACAGUGAAAGUAGGGGGGUUUUGCCGAACUCUUGGUUUACAUGCAGAGAUACAGAACUUAUUACUAUGCCCAAGAAAAAAACAGGAGCCCGAAAAAAGGCAGAAAAACAAAAAGAAAGACAGCGUGAUAUAAGGAACGCUCAUCAUGAGAAAAGUCUUGCAGACAGAUUUUGCAAUCAACUGAUGGAAUGUGACCAGUGCAAAAGAACACAGAAGAAUAGAGCCUUUUGUUAUUUCUGUGGGGCAUUGCAACGUCUUCCAGCAUGUGGCAACUGUGGUAAGACUAAGUGCAUGAUGAAGUCAGGAGAUUGUGUAAUCAAACAUGGUGGCACCUUCACCACAGGACUGGCGAUGGUGGGUGCAAUCUGCGAUUUCUGUGAAGCUUGGGUAUGUCACGGACGCAAGUGCCUUCAGACACAUGCUUGCUUAUGUCCACUACAAGAUGCCCUCUGCUUUGAGUGCAAGAGAGGAGUAUGGGAGCAUGGUGGCCGUAUCUUCAGAUGCAGUUUUUGUGCCAGCUUUCUUUGUGAAGAUGACCAGUUUGAGCAUCAGGCUAGCUGUCAAGUGGUUGAGGCAGAGAACUUCAAAUGUUUAUCAUGCAAUCGUCUUGGACAAUAUUCCUGCCUCAGAUGUAAGUCAUGCUAUUGUGAAGACCAUGUCAGGCGCAAAGGUGUCAAAUAUACAAAGGGGCAGCUUUUACCAUGUCCCAAGUGUGGCCUUGAUACUACAGAAGUGAAGGACCUCAGCAUGUCUACACGCCGCUAUGAUUAUGGUCGACAACAGAUGAUGGAUGAAGAUGAUGAAAUGGAAGAUGGUGCACGUGGUGGCUUCGUAUUUGGUGGCUAUUCAGUUCCCUUUAGCAGAAACAGAGCAUAUGAAGAUGACGAGGAAGAUGAGGAGGAGGAGGAGGAUGACAACGACGACGAUGACAAUAAUAAAGAGGAGGAAGAAGAUAUUUCAGAAGUUACUAAAAACCUUCAAGAUGCAGUAGUAGAUGCUGACUGAUGGCCAGCUACUAGGCCAUCAUGGUUUCCACAAGGUUGAAGACUGAUGAAGUGCAGGAUGUAGUGAGGUUCAUGAUGGACUUCAGUGGUUUAUGUGACGCAGAGGAAAGACAGUCCUUGGUAUUGUAUAUGUUGACCACACCAGUGUUCGAACUGAAAAGUUAAUAAAAGGGUUUUUAGUGUACUCGA